AUGGCCUUGCGUUUGGUCACCAGACGGAUCCUUUGUGUUGGAGGAGACACUUCAAUCGCAAGUCGCUCAAAAAGUUACUGGGAAAAGGUUAAAAAUAGUAAAGCAGUUACAUGGAGCCGCAGUCUGCUAUCUGACUACAAAGAGGCAUGUCGUGAAAUGGUAGUUGGCAUCUGGGAACGUCCUAUCAAGGCAUCACUUUACAUGACCAUCCUUGGAGGCGCAUUAACCUGUUUCUCCUCCAAGCCGGAUUACUCAUCUUUUGAGGCUGCCCUCCUGGAGCGUGCCAACCAGCUGGGUCUGCUGUCAUCAUGGAUCCGCAAUGCCACUUCUGAUAGCCACGUGCAGAGUCUGCUUAAGCUUCGCAAUGAGGGCCGUCUGCUUCACGUCAACUUGGGACUAAUCUCUUUGAUUUAUUUUACUGACCAUAGCCCUGACACCGCACUGUACGAAGCUCAAUGUAGUAGCGUGGCAAAGCUCUGGAGAGAGUUCCCUAGAUGCGUCAUGGAUGUAGGCUUUGUUGGCCGUUGGUGGAUCCUGGACUCAAAAAUGAAAAACUAUGACAUUAAUGAAGAUGAGUUCUUGCACCUACCGGUGCAUAUGAAGGUAUCAUCCCCACCCACGGUUCAGGUGGUGGAAUCAAAUGAGCAGCUGCACAAAGAGUCUUGGCUUCCACUUAAAUUGGAUGCUGAAGAGAAAUAA